AUGGUCAAAGGCGUUCCCCGCAGAGAGUAUUUUGGGUUCUCUCAGUUUAUCUUUACAACAUGCAUUCUGUUACUGACUUUUGUGUGGUCUUUGGCACCAACUUUGAGCGCGUUUAAAACUGAAGAUGCCAGUAUAAGGAACGAAAUAAUAACGUUUACUCAAGAGCUGGUAGGGCUUUUGCCUCAGAGGUACUGGAUUAUUGUUUUCGAGUGUGUAGUUUUGAUGGCAAUGCUUUUUACCUACCUAGGAUUGUGGAUGUACAACGAGGAUGUUUUGACGGCACCUCUUGACGACAUGAGAACCAUUACAGAUAGCCGCGCGAAUGUCGUGAAGUUUGCGUCGCAUCAAGAAUUCUUGGAUAAGUAUGCUUUCCGCGAAAGUAGCGGUGUAAUGGAUUUACCUAUCACUGAAGUGUGCCGGGUUUUGUAUGAAAAGGACUGA